AUGGAGUGUGUAGCGUUGUGCCAAGCAUGCCAGGAAUCGAGACCGGCACCUCCUUCAGUGCCAUCACGGGACUGGGAAACACCGAAAGGCCCCUGGUCUACAAUUCACAUUGAUUUUGCAGGGCCGAUAAAUGGAAUGUCUUUUCUAAUUCUCGUCAACGAGUAUUCCAAAUGGCUGGAGGUGGCCAUGAUGACGUCAACUACGACGGACGCUGUUACCAGGGCCUUGCACGCCUACUCAAUGAAGAAGAAAGAGGAAGAAGUAGAUGUGGCACUAGUGACUAAUGGGCCCAGCGCAUCUCCAACACCAUUUUGGUUUAGUGCCAAUCCCACUUUGGAAGACAUUUGGAGCCUCCAGGUGGCCUUCACAGCUGAGUGGGGCUGGGGAAAGUACCACCAACCUCGGAAUCUGCUUGUUGCUCUGGUUGCAGAACUGGCAGAGCUCUUCCAAUGGCGGGAAGAAGCUCCCAAAGACCUACCAGGGUGGACAUCAUCAGAGCGUGAGGCCCUCAGUGAUGAGCUGAGUGAUGGUCUCAUUUAUCUAGUUGCGCUGGCAAACAAGUGACAUGUGGAUCUCCCUGCAGCUGCUCUCCGUAAAAUAGAGAAGAACUGCCUCAAAUACCCAGCCAAGUGGGUCUAUGGUUCCUCCAAGAAAUACAGAGUAUCAGGAAUAAGUAUGGAACUUAUCUCUUCCUGGAUGGAUGAGAAGAAAAAUCACUCCCUGGCUUCUAGAAGAUGCUCUUCACGAUUUAGGACUCCUUUGGGAUGAGCAG